AAAAAAGUAAGCAGUCAACUAAUCCCUCCAACUCUCCACCACCAAUCUUUACCAGUCUAUAAAGCUCUAAUCAGAGUUCCCCACUUUUCUUAAUCAGACAUUUCAAUUUCUUGAUUCUUCAAUAAUCUAAUACCCGCAAAACCAAAAAUCCCCCCCCCCCCCAAAAAAAAAAAAAAAACAAAUUCUUCAACCAUUUGGUUUUUGUAGAAUCAAGAAAAGGGGGAAAAUAAAAAUCCAAUCUUGAUAAUCAACAACAAAAAAAAAUGGAUAGUAAGCUCUUAACAAGUAAUUUGGUGUUGUUUUCAUCAAUCUUGUUAACUCUAUUUACUUUUUCAUAUGGUCAAAAUUGUUCAACUCAUCAAUUCACAAACAACAAUAUUUUUUCCACUUGUAACCCUCUCCCUGUUCUCAACUCUUUUCUUCACUGGACUUAUUACCCUGAUAAUCACACAGUAGAUCUUGCUUAUAGACAUGGUGGUGUUACUGAAUCUUCUUGGGUAGCUUGGGCUUUGAAUCCUGUUGGUACAGGAAUGGCUGGAUGUCAAAGUUUAAUUGCUUUUAGAAAUUCUAGUGGACAAAUUCAUGCUUACACUUCACCUAUUGCUGGUUACAGUACUGACUUGUCAGAGGGUGCUUUGAGUUUUGGUGUGCCUAGAAUUUCAGCUGAGUUUGUUGGGAGUGAGAUGAUUAUCUUUGCUACUUUAGAGCUUCCUACUGGUAGGUCUAGUUUUACUCAGGUGUGGCAAAAUGGUGCAGUUUCUGGACAAGUUUUACAAGUACAUCGAACCAGUGGUGAUAAUCUAAGGAGUGUUGGAACUGUGGACUUUGCAAGUGGACAGACCUCAGCUGAUGGUGGAGGUAUAUCAGCUAGUGCUAGACAACGACGAAGAAAUAUCCAUGGAGUGUUGAAUGCAGUUAGUUGGGGUGUUUUGAUGCCAAUGGGUGCUAUAUUUGCAAGGUAUUUAAAAGUGUUCAAGUCAGCUAAUCCAGCUUGGUUUUAUCUACAUGCUGGUUGUCAAACUGUUGCUUAUGCUGUUGGUGUUGCUGGAUGGGGCACUGGUCUCAAACUUGGUAGUGAUUCUGUUGGAAUUAGAUACGACACUCACAGAAACAUUGGAAUCACUCUCUUCUGCCUUGGAACCCUUCAGGUUUUCGCUUUGCUAUUGAGGCCAAAGCCAGACCACAAGUUCCGACUCUACUGGAACAUCUACCAUCAUGUUACUGGAUACACCGUCAUCAUUCUCAGCAUCAUCAAUGUAUUUGAAGGAUUUGAUGCUUUAAAUGGACAGAAAAACUGGAAAAAGGCUUACAUUGGAGUGAUCAUAUUCUUGGGAGCCAUUGCUGUUCUAUUGGAAGCCAUUACUUGGUUCAUUGUCAUUAAAAGGAAAAAAACAUCAGUCUCAGACAAAUAUCCUCAUGGCAAUGGCACUAAUGGAUAUGCCAGCAGGUCGCAUGACCAGACCGCGUAAAUAAAUAUGUGUUCUCUCUAAUAAUAAAUAUUACAUAGUUUUCGAAUUCUUUAUAGAUAAUGAGGCAUGAUUAUUUAUGUUUUAGUUGAGAUUGAUAUUAAUCUAUGAUGUUUGGCAUCAGAUUUUUGGAUAUUUGAUUGCUAGAUUUAGAUUCUCUUGUUUGUAAUUUGUUCUUGUAUAAUAUAUACACGUUGAGUACCACUUAUUUCUAGUUUAAA